UUCCUUCGGAGACAUGUCAUCGUUGUAAGUGCUGGAUGUGACACUGCAGCAGUGAAUAUGGGAGAUCUGACCGACUCCAGAGAUCCGAGAAACACUUUCAUUGUUCCUGCCAUCAAGUCCUUUGAUCAUUAUGAGUUUAACAGAGCUAAAAUCAGAGCCAGCCUCACAUGGCUGGUGGCCAAAGCCUUUGGUACAGACAGUGUUCCAGACGACCUGAGCGAGCCCUUCUACAGGGACCAGUAUGAGCAGGAGCACCUGAAGCCUCCGGUGGUGGGCCUGCUGCUGUCAGCUGAGCUGUACUGCAGAGCAGGAAGUCUGAUUCUGAAGAGCGACGCUGUUAAACCUCUGCUGGGUCAUGACGCCGUCAUCCAGGCUCUGGCUCAGAAGGGCCUGUACGUCACUGACCAGGAGAGACUGGUGACCGAGAGAGACCUGCAGAAGAAACCCAUUCAGAUGAGCACCCACCUGGCCAUGAUUGACACGCUGAUGAUGGCGUACACAGUAGAGACGGUGAGUGUGGAGAAGGUGAUGGCCUGCAUGCAGCAAUACUCCACCGAUUACCCAGACGGAGACGUGCCCUAUGACACAGAGGAUGCGGUCACUAGCUGGAUGAAUAAGGUGAACGAAUACUUGAAAGAAAUCAUAAUGCAGGAGCAAAGGCGGAUGGAGGCGCAGAACGCAGAGCCUGUUGAGAAUCCAAAGUCUCCAACCAAGUGGUAUACGAAGCUGGUUCCUGUGCGUUAUAGGAAGGAGCAGGUUCUGCCCAAGAUGGUGCCGUGGAUCCCUCCGGUGGACAACCUCCUGAAGGACAGCACAGAUGGCUGUGCCCUCGCCGCCCUGCUGCACUUUUACUGUCCCUCCAUCGUCCACCUGGGAGACAUUUGCCUGAAGGAGACCAUGUCGCUGGCAGACAGUCUGUACAACCUGCAGCUCAUCCAGGACUUCUGCAAGGAACACUUGAACCACUGCUGCCACUUCAAUCUGGAGGACAUGCUCUACGCUCAUUCGUCCAUCAAAAAUAACUAUCUUGUGUUUAUGGCUGAGCUCUUCUGGUGGUUCGAGGUUGUUAAGCCGCCAUUCGUCCAGCCUCAGGUGCUGGAAACUGAAGUACCAGCCCCUUCACUGAAAAAUCUGCCAUCUGUGCCCAUCUCAAAAGUCACAAAGAGAAGUUUCAUGGAAAGACCUCCUAGUCCGGACAGACCAAGUCUCCCUCUCCGACCUCAAUCACAGAAUUCAGGCUCAGGUGAGAUCAAGCGAUCAACCUCAAUGUCAUUUGUGGAAAGCUUCAUGGGUACUUGGCCCAAAGAGAAGAAGUCUGCUGCUCAGGGAGUGUCCUUUGAAAUCCCAUUUGAUAAAGAGAGCACCAAUCAAACACCCACUGGCCGAGGGAUGACUCGGUCUGUCAGCACUGAAGGUUUUGGUUUCAAGAUACCCCACGGCACCAGGGGCAUCAAGAGAAACCUGUCCUUUCAGCCUGUCAACGGAAAGAACAUGGGCAUCGAGGAGGAAUGCUGUCCUGACAGCCUGUCAGGAAACCAUAAUGGCCGUCUAAAUGGCUCAGGGCCACCUAGCAUCGAAGAGGCUCUUGAGAUCAUCCACAACUCAGAGAAGAAAUCUCAGAGCCCCAGGGACCAUGCGCCCAGUGAGGGCUUCUUUCUUCACCUCCGGCAUAAAUGUGAAUUGAACCCUGAAGCAAAGGAUGGCGAGCUAGUCUCAGUUUCAGAAACGUCCAAAGGGGUUGCUAGCACAUCCACCACUGAAGUAGACACCGGCAUACAUGUGUGGACGGAGGACAUCCAAGAGACCCUAGAUGAGGACUCAUCCCUUAGGGAUUGUACUGUCAGUAUGGAGCUUGAUACGGAUCAAGACUUUGAGGCAAGAGCUUGCCAUAGCCAGGGCUCUACAAGCCCAUGUCCCAGCAGCCUAAGCAGCAAGUCCCCUGCCGGAAGCGCCCCUGCUUUUACACCUGGAAUUAAGAUGACCAGCUUUGCUGAGCAGAAAUUCCGUAAACUGAAUCCAAACGUGGAGGCCAAAGGUGCUGCAUCCCAAAGUACAGCACCAGACAGUUCAGAUCUCGGCAUUCCUCACUCUGUUUCCUGGGCUCCUUCACCUGAGGUCAGCCCUGCACAUCAGCCAUCCAAGGAUCCGGCCCAGGCCAUGGCUGCAGAAAUGGUGCAGCUGCGCAUGAGACUUGAAGAGAAGCGUCGAGCCAUUGAGGCUCAGAAGAAGAAAGUAGAGGCUGCUUUUACCCGGCACCGUCAGAAGAUGGGACGCAGUGCUUUCCUCACAGUUGUCAAGAGGAAAGGAGUAGAUGGCACCUCACCUUCUCAAGAGGACACUCCCAGCUCAGAGGGAAGCAAGACGCCAGCGGAGACACCUCAGCCCGUCAAGUCUCCGGUGAAGUCUGCGGGGGAGGACGGUACAUCCGAGGCGGACCUGAUGGAAUACACACGCUCCAUUGAGAAGCUCAAUGCUUCCCUGAGCUUCUUGCAGAGUGAGAUGCAGCGGCUGGCCCAGCAGCAGGAGGUAAUCAUGCAGAUGCGGGAGCAACAGGCUUGGGUUGUGUCGCCACCUCAACCUUCGCCACAGAAGCAAGUGCGAGAGCUCAGAGGGAGUGGGGCACGCUCUUCAGGCUCUCCCUCACCUGCAGAUUCUCCUAGAGCUACGCACCGUUCCCCUACAAACCUUAAGAGGAAGUCUGCUUCUUUCCAUUCCAAGACACCAAGGACACCCAGACCCAGUGAGCUAAAGAUCACUCCUUUCAACCGAGUCCUGACCGUUCCACAGUCGGUGGACAGCAUACCACGCUUGAGAAGGUUCUCCCCAUCUCAGUCCGUGUCCUGCUCAUUUUCUUAUUUGGGAAAAGAGAAGAAACCACCAUCAGGAGCUGAAGCCACAGACAAGGACAUAGAACAAGGCCUUGAGUCGUUGUCAAUUGAAUGUUCUACUGGUACCAUCACCUCCCCAACCAAAGAAACCCAACAGGCUGUAACCGAAGACGCUGACUUGUCAGCCAAGGAGCCAGUAGAUAGGGGAGAGGAGAGCAAGAUGGAGAACAAACCAACUGAGGAAAGGGACCAGCUGAAGAAGCCAACAAAUGCGAUUAAGCCGGUUGUGGAAUCUAGUGUGUCUGAGGUUUUGUCGCAGAUUGUAAUGGAGACCGUCAUUGUCACUCCCACUGAGCCAGUUGACAUCACCCAUCAGACCAACAAAAAUUUGAUUGAGGUUCCACUGUCUGUUCUCAAGCCCCUGGAUGGACAGACGUUGGAAGAGGAAGGCGAGAAGGAGACUUCAGGGGAAAAUCUAGACGAUGAGCAGAAAAUGUGCUGUGGAUUCUUUUUCAAGGAUGAUAUGAAGGAAGAGGAUAGCAUGGCCAUAAAGCGAGCAGCACUUCUGGAGAAAAGGCUGAGAAGAGAACGAGAGAGCCAGCAGAGGAAACAACAGCUGGAGGCGGAGCUUGAGCAAAAGAAAGAAGAGGCCAGACUGAAAGCAGAGGAAGACCGCAUGAAGAAGGAAGAAGACAAAGCCCGACGGGAAUUUAUCAAACAGGAGUACCUGAGGAGAAAACAGCUGAAGCUUAUGAAGGACAUGGACACGCUUGUCAAACCGCGUCCUGCGGGGGCCAAACAGAGGAAACAACGGCCCAAGUCCAUCCACAGAGAUGUGAUGGAGUCCCCCAGGACUCCUGUCAGGGCCACGGCAGGUUCACGACCUCGUGUUUUUUCAGUGUCCAGCCUGUCUCUGGCGUCUCUUGGCGAUAAUGACAGUGUCAACUCAGAUAAGAAAACACAAAGUAGGCCUGACUCAGCAGAUGGUUGCCUGUCGCCCACUCGCUCCAGCAGCCGUAACGGAGAGAAAGACUGGGAGAAUGGUUCAACCACAUCCUCACUGACAUCCAACACCGAAUACACAGGUCCCAAAUUAUAUAAGGAGCCCAGUGCAAAGUCAAAUAAGCAUAUAAUUCAGAAUGCUUUGACACAUUGCUGUUUGGCUGGCAAAGUCAAUGAAGGACAGAAAAACAAGAUUUUGGAAGAAAUGGAGAAAUCAGGGGCCAACAACUUCCUGAUCCUGUUCCGAGAUUCCGGCUGCCAGUUCCGCUCGCUCUACACCAACUGCCCUGACACAGAGGAGAUCAACAAAUUGACCGGCAUCGGUCCUAAAACCAUCUCGCGCAAGAUGAUCGACGGCCUCUACAAGUACAACUCUGAUAGGAAGCAGUUCAGCCAAAUUCCAGCCAAGACCAUGUCGGCAAGCGUCGAUGCCAUCACGAUCCACAGCCACCUGUGGCAGACCAAAAAACCAGGAACGCCGAAGAAAGUAGCGGCCGUGAAGUCCUAGUGUUUCUCGACGGCGGACGUACACAAUCUCAAUGCACUUGUUUGUACAUAAAGGAAUCCUACAACACUUUUUACACUCUUCCGUCAGUUGUCGUUCGGACACACAAGAUUAUGCACUACUGGAAUGUAAAACUCUAUGGGGUGGCAAAUGGAUCAAACUCAUGUGAGACUGUGUGAUUCAAGUUGUUUUACUGCACGUGUUGUUUUUAUAUAAAUGUGCCAAAAAAAAAGGAAAAUAAUGAAAAGUUGUCAUUGAUGACCUGUUAUUUUAAUUUGGUACACUAAAGCACUGAAUGUUCUUAGUUUGUACAGAAAUCUCGCACAUAUGUUGACGUGUGGCCUUAUGUUGCUUUUUGUCUAUGUUUUUAUUUGAAUAAUUUUUUACGACUGUCCUGAUACGAUUGUACGGCUGCUUAUGGAAAGGUUCUCACAUGCAUAGCUUGUGAUUAUAACAGUUUAGUACUGUAAGGGAAUCCUGUCAUAUCUAGUAUACAUUAACCAGUGUGCUAAUGUGCAGUGAGUGGUUUAGUUUGCAGGCCGAACCCACUUUUGAUGGGUUUUAACAUUAUCUAAUGGCAUUGAUUCACAGCAGGAUUGUGAAUUCAUUUCAUUCCGUUCCUGGGGGGGGGUCGGGGUUGGACCGACUGAUGGAAAUGUUCAGCAUAAUGAUCUAUUUAAUCAAUAUUUAUCUUUCAUUAAAAGGUCUUAAAUAAGAUUAGGGGUUAGAAAACCAAACCUUUCUGUCGGUGCGAUUAAAAAAAAAUCAGGUGGACUGAAUUGUUUGAACGAUAUUUCCAUGGAUGAAGAUGAAUAACAUCAUGUGCUGGAGUCAUAAUUAUUUUCAAAAUACUUUUGUACUGUUAUGUAUGCUUGUGGUGACUGAUCUGAAGUAUUUUCCUGUCCCAGGUCACGCAAAAGUAUUAAAAGCAGUUUACCAAAU